GCUUUUAAGUAGUCCGGCCUUCGAAGCCUUCCGACGCCAUGUCGGGGCCACUCGGGGGUGUUCAGGGCUACAUGAAGACCUUUGGUCCACCUGGCAGAGGCAAAAAACGUUUCGUCACCAAAGGUUUCAAGUUGGGAAGCUACGUAGUGAUCAAAUACAAGAUUGGCCCGGAGACCUUCAUCGAGUAUGAGGGAAAAAUAGUGGACAAGAGGGUUGGCAGCGAGGACAAAGAGUCGUACGUGGAGUUGAAAGACUGCCUGACGCUCAAUCCAGAGGGAAAGAUUGUGGCAAUAGAGAAAAUGAAGCGCCUCACAGACUCUUUCAUUGAGGAGUGUCGCUUCACCGAGAAGAGGACAGAGACUCCCCAGAUAGAGGUCACUCCAGAGCAACCCGAGGAAAAGGCAGACGAAGAAUCCUCUUCAGUGAUGCCUGGCAUGAUGCCGAUGCCUGGAAUGUUGCCCAACAUGAUGAUGCCUGGAAUGAUGAUGCCUGGAAUGAUGAUGCCCAUGGCUGGCAUGCUGCCCACCAUGAUGCCCGCAAUGCCCAUGAUGCCAAUGAUGGCAGGGAUGAUGCCUAUGGCCAUGUCAAUGGCCAAUCAGGCAACUGGUGAGGCAUCAGAAACCCGAGCUCGAAGCAGAAGCCGAAGUAGAGGUUGAAAUUUCUGACCUGAGAUUCCUGAGGCUUCCGUGAGUGUGAGUUUGAACUCAGGUCAACUUGUGCUGAAGGAAAGGAUAUCCGAGUCAUUCGCGUAGAAGCAGAGACCAACUUUCACGAACACAAGCAACUUAGCAC